AUGAAUAUAACUGCACAAACAACGCCUAAUUUGACUACAUUAAUUCCUACGACACCUGUCUCUAUGACUGGUAACAGUAUUGCUCCUAAUAAUCCGACGACGAAUUCUGUGAAUAUAUCAUGUCCAUUUAUCACUAGAGUUACAGAAAACUGUGAUGCUAAUGUUGUAUCCGACUCUACUCUUCCACCUACUGUUAACAACAUCUUCAAAGGAUAUUCCCCGUUCUCAUCAAAUGUACCAUUCCCACCAAUAUGUAUAAAUCCUUUAAUUCCUUCAGGAGAUCAGACAGGGAAUACAGCAAAUAGCAGUAAUUUACAAAAUUCUUUCCCUAAUCUUCCAGCACCAGUCUGUAGUGCUGCUGCUGCUGCUGCUACUACUACGGUGUCAGCUCUUAAACUUUUAGGCUCAAUAUUUCCACAUUUCUCAACAACAGAAUAUCAACAAGAAGCAAGUACACCACCAACAUCUGAAAUGCCAGUUAAUUCAAAACAGGCAAAAUUACAGGCGAACAGAAAUAAUGCUAAUAAUGAACAAAUAAGUAGUCCACCUGGAUCCCCGCAAUCAUCAGUUUUAAGACCAUAUUUAUGCCGAUUUUGUCGAACACGUUUCCAGGCAUUCAGUACUUUCCAAGCUCAUCAACAAUUUUAUUGUCAAGGACGGAAAGAAGUCAUGAAACAACUACAGACAACAAAAACCACUUCUACUGCAUCAGCAGAUACACUGGCUUCCACUAGUUCACCAACUUCGCUAAACUGUCCUUCAAACACUGGACCAUCAGCCAGUAAACGUCGUUGCACGACUACAACAACAACAACUACAACUGAAAAUGCUUCGUCUAGUCAACUUCAAACACUUGGAAGUGUUUCAGCAAGUCAAAGAAACUCAGCCAAUUCAUCAUCAUCAACUUCUAGUAGUGGUGAUGAAGGGGAUAUCUUGAAAAAUAAUAAUAAUAAUCGAUUAUCACCCUUGAAUGUAAAAUCUUCUCCAAAUCGUAAUAUAUUGUCUAGUCAAGAGGGGAAUAUAGACUAUGAGACUGAUCAGUUGACACUGGCUCAAUGGGAACCUUGUGGAACAUCUGAAUUACGUUGUUCUGCGUGUGGUUAUGUUGGUCAGACACCGCGUGGUAUGAAAAUGCAUAGAAAAUUGCAUGAAUGUAAUGGAACUACAUUUAAAACUGCUACAAGAUCAACAAGUGAAGCGAAGACAAGAAAUGAUAUCAAGUUAGAAGGUGAUAAUUUAACUAACAGCUCUGAUGUCAGCCUGCAUCAUGGUAAUGAUUCCAAUUCUUCUUCAUCGAAUGAUGGAAGAAAUCUGAUGAAUAAUAAUAACAGUAAUGUUGCAAAUGAUAGCAAUUCUGCAUUUUCAGACGACCAUGUUAAAAAAGAACACUUAUAA